GAUAGUUCUACAAUGUCCAAGUCAUUCCAGCAGUCAUCUCUCGGUAGGGACUCGCAGGGUCAUGGGCGUGACCUCUCUGCAGCAGGAAUAGGCCUUCUUGCUGCUGCUACCCAGUCUUUAAGUAUGCCAGCAUCUCUUGGAAGGAUGAACCAGGGUACUGCACGCCUUGCUAGUUUAAUGAAUCUUGGAAUGAGUUCUUCAUUGAAUCAACAAGGAGCUCAUAGUGCACUGUCUUCUGCUAGUACUUCUUCCCAUAAUUUGCAGUCUAUAUUUAACAUUGGAAGUAGAGGUCCACUCCCUUUGUCUUCUCAACACCGUGGAGAUGCAGACCAGGCCAGUAACAUUUUGGCCAGCUUUGGUCUGUCUGCUAGAGACUUAGAUGAACUGAGUCGUUAUCCAGAGGACAAGAUUACUCCUGAGAAUUUGCCCCAAAUCCUUCUGCAGCUUAAAAGGAGGAGAACUGAAGAAGGCCCUACAUUGAGUUAUGGUAGAGAUGGCAGAUCUGCUACACGGGAGCCACCAUACAGAGUACCUAGGGAUGAUUGGGAAGAAAAAAGGCACUUUAGAAGAGAUAGUUUUGAUGAUCGUGGUCCUAGUCUCAACCCAGUGCUUGAUUAUGACCAUGGAAGUCGUUCUCAAGAAUCUGGUUAUUAUGACAGAAUGGAUUAUGAAGAUGACAGAUUAAGAGAUGGAGAAAGGUGUAGGGAUGAUUCUUUUUUUGGUGAGACCUCGCAUAACUAUCAUAAAUUUGACAGUGAGUAUGAGAGAAUGGGACGUGGUCCUGGCCCCUUACAAGAGAGAUCUCUCUUUGAGAAAAAGAGAGGCGCUCCUCCAAGUAGCAAUAUUGAAGACUUCCAUGGACUCUUACCGAAGGGUUAUCCCCAUCUGUGCUCUAUAUGUGAUUUGCCAGUUCAUUCUAAUAAGGAGUGGAGUCAACAUAUCAAUGGAGCAAGUCACAGUCGUCGAUGCCAGCUUCUUCUUGAAAUCUACCCAGAAUGGAAUCCUGACAAUGAUACAGGACAUACAAUGGGUGAUCCAUUCAUGUUGCAGCAAUCUACAAACCCAGCACCAGGAAUUCUGGGACCUCCACCACCCUCAUUUCAUCUUGGGGGACCAGCAGUUGGACCAAGAGGGAAUCUGGGUGAUUAUCUGAAAUGCAUGUUAGGUUUCCCUAGACACAUGCAGAAGGGCAGAGUGGAAACUAGCCGAGUUGUUCACAUCAUGGAUUUUCAGCGAGGGAAAAACUUGAGAUACCAACUGUUACAGCUGGUGGAACCAUUUGGAGUCAUUUCAAAUCAUCUCAUUCUGAAUAAAAUUAAUGAGGCAUUUAUUGAAAUGGCAACCACAGAAGAUGCUCAGGCUGCAGUGGAUUAUUAUACAACUACACCAGCAUUAGUAUUUGGCAAACCAGUGAGAGUUCAUUUAUCACAGAAGUAUAAAAGAAUAAAGAAACCUGAAGGAAAGCCCGAUCAGAAGUUCGAUCAAAAGCAAGAACUUGGACGUGUGAUACAUCUCAGCAAUUUACCCCAUUCUGGUUACUCUGACAGCGCGGUCCUCAAACUUGCUGAGCCCUACGGGAAGAUAAAGAAUUACAUAUUGAUGAGGAUGAAAAGUCAGGCCUUUAUUGAGAUGGAGACAAGAGAAGAUGCAAUGGCAAUGGUUGAUCAAUGUUUGAAAAAGGCUCUUUGGUUUCAGGGAAGAUGUGUGAAGGUUGACUUGUCUGAGAAAUAUAAAAAACUGGUACUGAGGAUUCCCAACAGAGGCAUUGACUUACUAAAAAAAGAUAAAUCCCGAAAAAGAUCUUAUUCUCCAGAUGGCAAAGAAUCUCCAAGUGAUAAGAAAUCCAAAACUGAUGGUUCCCAGAAGACUGAAAGUACAGCUGAAGGGAAAGAACAAGAAGAGAAGUCAGGUGAAGAUGGUGAGAAAGAUACAAAGGAUGAUCAGGCAGAGCAAGAACCUAACAUGCUUCUUGAAUCUGAAGAUGAACUACUUGUAGAUGAAGAAGAAGCAGCAGCACUAUUAGAAAGUGGCAGUUCAGUGGGAGAUGAGACUGAUCUUGCUAAUUUAGGUGAUGUGGCUUCUGAUGGAAAAAAGGAGCCUUCAGACAAAGCUGUGAAGAAAGAUGCAAGUGCAGCAGCAAAGAAAAAGCUUAAAAAGGUGGACAAGAUCGAGGAACUUGAUCAAGAAAACGAAGCAGCGUUGGAAAAUGGAAUUAAAAAUGAGGAAAGUACAGAGACAGGAGCUGAAUCUGCUGAGAAUGCUGAUGACCCCAACAAAGAUACAAGUGAAAAUGCAGAUGGCCAAAGUGAUGAAAACAAGGAGGACUAUACAAUCCCAGAUGAGUAUAGAAUUGGACCAUACCAGCCCAAUGUUCCUGUUGGUAUAGACUAUGUGAUACCUAAAACAGGGUUUUACUGUAAGCUGUGUUCACUCUUUUAUACAAAUGAAGACGUUGCAAAGAAUACUCAUUGCAGCAGCCUUCCUCAUUAUCAGAAAUUAAAGAAAUUUCUGAAUAAAUUAGCAGAAGAGCGCAGACAGAAGAAGGAAGCUUAAGAUUUGCAAGAAGCUUAAUGAUUUCAAAGAAAAUAAUGUUUUUUUUUGUUUUGUUUUUAAUGUUAACCUUUUUUAAAUACAGUACUGAUAGUUAGAAGAAAAAUAUUGUACUCUUUUGUUUUAGUGAAAUAAUACUAGUUGUCUCUUCAUGUGUUUAAAUGUUAUAGCAAAAAUACACAGUUAAGUUAAUGAUGAAUAGUUUUUGUUUUAUCAGAAUGGCAACAGACAAGUACUUUGUAGUGACUGAUGUCUAAACUACUUAAGAUAACUUGCACCACUAAGAAAAAGUACGUAGAAACAUUCAGAGAAAUGAAAUUUAGUUCCAAGCUUCAAAGAAAUGUCAACAACUUUUGAUUCCAUUCAAUAAAGUACAAAACCAAUUGUAUUUUUAUUACUUUCAUUUGAAACAUUCCACAUUUUAAUCUGAGCCUUGCAGACUUUUCAUUUGGAGUUAAAAGGUUUUUUUGGUUGCAUUUCUUUUUUUUUUUUUUUUUGAGAACUUCAUUAAUGCAAUUGGCAAUUAGGAUGCAGGUGCAGUUUUCUUUUAAUGUUAUGCUGUUGUUUAGGUAAUAAGAAAUAUUAAGUAAUUGGCUUUAGAUUUUGUAAUUUUUUUCCCUAAGUUCCUGCUAGACUUCGUAUUCUAGUAGUCAAUGUAUUUUCAGUGAAAUGUAAAAAUAUUCCUGUUCUCUUUGACCAGUAUUAAUUUCUUGAGAUCUUACUGCUUGUCACUUGAAUCCUAUAGCUGUCUUACAUCUCUGGUAUAAGCACCACUUGAUUUUUGAAGUGUGUAGACCAUCCCUUCAUAUUUUCAAGAUGUAAUUUUACAUUUCUCCUUUUAAAAACAGUUCAACCGUAAUUCUAGAUGCACGCUUCUAAUUCAUAUACCUGCACAUGUGACCUUUUGUGAACAGAAAUUUGCAUGUAUACUCUGUGUUUACUUGUAAACUCUCGCUUAUAUACUGCUUAUAUCUGUGGUUUCAAGUUACUGAAGUGAAUACCAAUAAAAAAAAAAAGCCUAGGACAUGUUCAUUGGUUAUACAUGUUUGGAAUGU